AUGUUGUGGCGUGUGGGUUCAGGUGGCAGGAUGACAGUGGCCAAGCUGCUCAUCUCCUCUUUCCUUCUGCAUUCUCUCAGUGAAGCCUCCAACCAGCCGCCACGCUUCCUGAACUACUUUUUCCAGUCCUACCUCCUGAUCUAUGAGAAUACGCCUGUGGGCUCCUCGGUGACCCAGCUGCAGGCGGUGGACCCUGACGGGGAGCCGCUGAUCUUCGGGGUGGUGGGGGAGGAGGCCACGCGCUACUUCGCCGUGGAGCAGAACACCGGGGUGGUGUGGCUCAGGCAACCGCUCGACAGAGAGUCCAAGUCAGAAAUGCAGGUGGAGUUCUCUGUCAGUGACAGCCAAGGGGUGGUGAAGGACACAGUAAACAUCCAGAUUGGAGAUGUGAAUGACAACGCCCCCACCUUCCACAACCAGCCUUACACAGUACAUAUACCUGAGAACACUCCGGUAGGCACGUCUGUGUUCAUGGUGAACGCCACCGAUCCUGACCAGGGCACCGGGGGCAGCGUGCUCUUCUCCUUCCAGCCGCCCUCCUCCUUCUUCUCCAUCGACGGGGCCCGCGGCAUCGUCACCGUCACCAAGACGCUCGACUACGAGAGCACCUCCGCCUAUCAGCUCACCGUCAAUGCCACGGACCAGGACAAAAGGAGGCCUUUGUCUCGGCUGGCUAACUUAGCCAUAACCAUCACUGAUGUGCAGGACAUGGAUCCCAUCUUCACCAACCUCCCCUACAGCACCAACAUUGUGGAGGGAGUACCUCUGGGCUAUGAGGUCCGCAAGAUCAGAGCCAUAGACCAGGACCUGGGCAGACCGCGAGGCAUCGGUUACACCAUAAUUUCAGGAAACACCAACAGCGUCUUCGCUCUGGACUACAUCAGCGGCUCGCUCACCGUCAACGGUCAGCUGGACAGAGAGAACCCGCUCUACUCCGCCGGAUUCAUCCUCACUGUGAAGGCAACGGAGCUGAACGACGACCGAACCCCGUCGGACGCCACGGUGAUGACCACGUUCACCAUCCUCCUGAUCGACAAGAAUGACAACGCGCCCAAGUUCAACAGCUCUGAGUACCGCGUGCGCAUCACCGAGCUGGCCCAGGUCGGCUUCGCCCUGCCCCUCUUCAUCCAGGUGGAGGACAAGGACGAGGGAGUGAACAGCAUGUUUCAGGUGUUUCUGACGGGGAAUAACUCGGACCACUUCACCAUCUCCCCGACCUCGGUGCAGGGCAGAGCUGACAUCCGAGUGCGCGUGGCUGUCCCACUGGACUUUGAGAACAUCAGGACCUACAGCUUCUCUCUCUAUGCGAACGAGUCUCUCUCUGAGCAUGUGGGCUUCGCUCGUGUUUUCAUCGACCUGAUCAACGAGAAUGACAACCGGCCGAUCUUCAGCAGCCCCCUGUACAACAUCAGCCUGCCUGAAGACACGCCACCCGGGACCUCACUCAUACAGAUCACAGCGACGGACGGUGACUUUGGCACAUUCGGAGUGGUGCGAUAUCACUUCAGUGAUGACCCAGACCAGUUCUCAUUGGACUCGGUGACGGGCUGGGUGAUGCUGAAGUCGCGGCUGGACUUUGAGCUGAUGCGCCGCUUCACGCUGACGAUCCUGGCGCGGGACGGCGGCGGCGAGGAGACCACGGGGCGCCUGCGCAUCAACGUGCUGGACGUCAACGACAACCCGCCCGUCUUCCAGAAGGACGCCUACAUGGGCUCCCUCAGGGAGAACGAGCAGGGGCCGCAACAGGUGGCCAGAGUCAGGGCAACAGACGAGGACUCUCCCCCAAACAAUGUGCUGACGUACACCAUCGCCUCUGCCUCCAAGUUCAGGAGCUACUUCAGCAUCAGCAUUGUGGAGGGCUAUGCAGUGAUCAUGGUGAACAGGCCCCUGGACUACGAGAUGGUUCCUGAAGGAGUGAUCCAUCUGACUCUCAGGGCCAAAGAUGGGGGGAACCCAGCCCUCAACAGUACUGUGCCUAUUACAGUGGAAGUUUUUGAUGAAAAUGACAAUCCCCCUGAGUUUAGCAAGCCUGCCUACAUCGUCAAGAUCCCAGAGAACAUCGUGGCAGGGGCGACAGUGUUGUAUGUAAACGCCACAGACAAGGAUGCGUCACGGGAGUUUGGCCAGGCCUCCCUCAUCUACGCGCUGCAGGGCUCGUCUCAGUUCCGCCUCAACACGCGCUCAGGUGAGAUCACCACCACAGCGCUGCUGGACCGUGAAGUGAAAUCCGAGUACAUCCUGAUCGUGCGUGCAGUGGACGGAGGGGUGGGACCCCUGCAGAAGACGGGCAUUGCCACGGUGAACGUCACCAUCCUGGACAUCAACGAUAACUCUCCCAUGUGGCGGGAUGAGCCGUACCGGGCCAACGUGGUGGAGAUGAGCCCCAUCAACACCGACGUCAUCACGGUAUUGGCAGUGGACCCGGACUAUGGGAACAACGGCACAGUGGUGUACUCCAUCAGCCCCCCCAACCCCUUCUACACCAUCAACAGCACCACGGGCAAGAUCCGCACCAGCGGCGCCGUGCUGGACCGCGAGAGCUCCAACCCCCGCAACACACAGCUCAUGAGGACCAUCGUCAUCUCGGCCACCGACCGUGGCACUCCUCCCCUGCAGUCCUCUGUCAGCACCACUGUGUUUGUCAACCUCCUGGACCUGAAUGAUAAUGAUCCCACCUUCCUCAACCUCCCAUUUGUGGCUGAGGUGCCAGAGGGCCUACCGAUUGGUUCGUCCGUGUUCAGGGUCCAGGUGGAGGACCCGGACGAGAAGGACAACGGCGCGGUGACCCUGGUGCUGGAGAUGGGCAUGCCGCGCCUCGACUUCGCCCUCAACACCAGCAGCGGCGUGCUGACGUCCAUGGUGGCGCUGGACCGCGAGCGCAUCGGCCAGUACCACCUGCGCAUCCUGGCCUACGACGCCGGGAAGUACCCGCGCACCUCCACCAGCACGCUCACCAUCACAGUGAUGGACGUCAAUGAUGAGACUCCCACCUUCUUCCCACCCGUGUAUAACGUGUCGCUGCAGGAGAGCGUUCCGCGGGAUCACAUGGUCGUGCGGCUCAACUGCUCCGACAACGACGCCGGCCUCAACGCUGAGCUCAGCUACUUCAUCACAGGGGGGAACCAAGAUGGGAAGUUCAGUGUCGGCUUCAGAAGUGGGAUUGUGAGGACGGUGGUGGGACUGGACCGGGAGUUCCAGGCUUCCUACACAUUAGUCAUUGAGGCCAUUGAUAAUGGUCCUGCUGGGGGCAGGAGAACAGGCACAGCCACGGUGUAUGUGACGGUGCUGGAUGUCAAUGACAACCGGCCCAUCUUCCUUCAGAACAGCUACGAGACCAGCGUGCUGGAGACAGUAGCACAGGGAACCAGCAUCCUAAAGGUGCAAGCUACAGAUGCGGAUCAGGGAGAGAACGGACGCGUUUUGUACAGGAUCCUCUCCGGCAACAUCAACCAGCUGUUCAGCAUCAGCACCCUGUCCGGCCUGAUCACCAGGGGAGCCCGGGCCCUGGAUAGGGAGAGCAGCAGCUCCCACGUGCUGGAGGUGGAGGCCUACAACAGUGACCAGGGCCCAAUGCGCAGCGCCGUCAGGGUGAUCGUGUACGUGGAGGAUGCCAACGACGAGCCGCCCGUCUUCACUCAGCAGCAGUACAACCGUCUGGGGCUCCGUGAGACCGCUGGCAUUGGCACCUCGGUGAUCGUGGUGCGAGCCACAGACCCAGAUACUGGUGACGGAGGUGCAGUGGCCUACACCCUGGUCUCGGGCUCGGACCGCAAGUUCGAGGUGGACGUGAGCACGGGCCUGGUGACCACAGUGGAUUACCUGGACUACGAGACCAAGACCAGCUACCUGAUGAACGUGUCGGCCACGGAUCAGUCGCCGCCGUUCCACCGCGGCUACUGCACGGUGUACGUGACGCUGCUCAACGAGCUGGACGAGGCCGUGGCCUUCUUCCUGUCUGGCUACGAGGCCACGCUACGCGAGAACAUCGCCACAGGAACUGAGGUCAUCCAGGUGCAGGCGCAGUCGGCCGACAACCUCAACCAGCUGACGUACCGCUUCGACCCUGACACGUCGCCAGCCGCACUCGCGCUCUUCAAGAUUGAUAGUGUCACGGGGCGUAUCACGGUCACAGGUCUAGUGGACAGAGAGAAGGGCGACUCCUACACACUUACUGUGCUGGCGGACGAUGGCGGCCCAAAGAGAGGCUCCACCGUGAAGGUGUCCAUCACCAUUGAGGAUGAGAACGACAACAGCCCACAGUUCGACAUCACAUCCGACGUGUCCGUGGACAUCCCAGAGGACACUCCUAUUGGACAGAGAGUGGCCGUGGUACUGGCUAGAGACAAAGAUGCCGGGAACAAUGGACUGGUGAAUUUUACCCUGGUGGCGGGUAACAUGCAGGAUGUGUUCAGGAUCGUUACUGCCAACCACACAUAUGGGGAGAUCUAUGUCAAUGCUCCCUUGGACCGCGAGGCAGUGGACCGCUACCUGCUGAAGGUGCGAGCUCUGGAUAGUGGCUCCCCUCCUCGCUACACCGACCACUCUUUGACCAUCAACAUCCUGGACGUUAACGAUAAUGGACCAGUCGUCCAGAGCCCUCGCGGCUACAAUGUCUCCAUCAGUGAGAAUGUGGGCGGGGGCACAUCGGUUCUGCGUGUGGUGGCCACCGACCGAGACAUUGGCCGCAACGCCAUGUUGUUCUACUACAUCACCGGCGGCAACCAGGAUCUGACGUUCCGCAUGGACCGUGUGACGGGGGAGAUGGUGACGCGGCCGUCCCCUCCAGACCGGGAACGCCAACAGGAGUACCAGCUGACCGUCACCGUGGAGGACGACGGGACUCCUUCACUCUCGACGUCUACCACGGUAUGGGUGCAUAUUGUGGAUGAGAACGACAACGCACCAGAGUUUCCGGAGGAGGAGUAUGUGACCGUGCUGAGUGAAGGGCCUGACACAGUUGGGGCCACCAUUGCCACGGUAACAGCCAUCGACCCCGAUGAGGAGCUCAAUGGAACCCUUCGUUAUGCCAUCGCCCAGGGCAACCUUGGGCAGACGUUCCGAAUCAAUAACUUAACGGGAAGGAUUGUUGCAGUCAAAGAAUUGGACUACGAAGUCAGUAAUGGACGCUACACACUGGUUGUGACCGCAACAGACCAGUGUCCUUUCCCACAUCUCAGACUGACAUCUAGUACAACGGUGAUGGUGAAUGUGCUGGAUGUGAACGAUGUGACCCCCACGUUCCCGAAGGCCUUCGAGGGGCCCUUUGAGAUCACUGAGGGCCAGCCGGGGCCCCGCGUGUGGACGGUCAAAGCCAUCGAUGAGGACUCGGGCCUCAACGGCAAGGUGGAGUACUCCAUCACUGCAGGAGACCCCAAGAAUGAGUUUGUGGUGUCUCCGGUGGAGGGGGAGCUGCGGGUCAGGAGGGAUGUGGAGCUGGACCGGGAGACCACUCCCUCCUACAACAUCACCAUCACAGCCCUGGACCUGGGAACUCCUCCCCGGAGCAGCACGGUGGUGCUUGGGGUGGUGGUUCUGGACAUCAAUGAUAAUGACCCGAUCCUGCUGAACCUGCCCUACAACACCAGUGUGAGUGAAGGGGCAGCCGUCCACACCUCCGUGGCCCGUGUCCGAGCAAAAGACGCAGACAGCGGCCGCAAUGCCCUCCUCACUUUCAACAUCACCGCCGGCAACAGAGACGGAGCCUUCUACAUCAAUGAGACCACAGGUGUGGUACAGGUGAACAGGCCACUUGACAGAGAGAGAAUAGAUGAGUACAGACUGACCAUAACGGUCAAAGACAACCCUGAGAACCCUCGGAUAGCACGUCGGGACUCAGACAUUCUGGUGGUCAGGAUUCUGGAUGAGAACGACAACCGGCCUCUCUUUACGCGCCCCAGCUAUCGUGCCGAAAUCAUGGAAAACUCCCUAGCAGGCAGUACCGUGACUGUUUUGAAUGGGCCAGUGAAAGCACUGGAUAAGGACAUCGGAACGAAUUCUAUAGUGAAGUAUAAGCUGCUGGGUUCUAGAGUCGACCUCUUCACGAUCGACGCCAACACAGGUGAGGUGCAGGUGCGUGAGGGGGCGGAGCUGGACCGAGAGGCGUUCUCCGAGCCUCGUGUGGAGCUGCAGCUGCUGGCGCAGGACGUGGGGGGGCUCAACAGCAGCGUGCCCCUCAGCAUCACCAUCCUGGACGUCAACGACAACCCCCCGGUCUUCAACCCGCCCAGCUUCACCGUGCGCCUGCCCGAGAACAGCCCCACAGGUGUGGUGGUGACACAGCUGUCGGCCAGUGAUGCUGAUUCGGGCGCUAAUGGCUGGCUGCUGUACCGCCUGGAGAGUGGUGCCCAGGACCGCUUCGUGGUGGACGCCCUCUCGGGCGCCGUGCUGGUGGGCAACGCCACGCUGGACCGCGAGGAGCGCGCCUCCUACCGCCUCAUCGUCAUGGCGACCGACCGCGGCACGCCGCCCAUCUCUGCCACCGCCACGCUCACCGUGAUGCUCGACGACGUCAACGACUCGCGGCCGCGCUUCAUCCGCCCGGUGCAGACCAUCAGCGUCAACGAGUCCACGCCGGCCGGCGAAGUGGUGGCCACGCUCGCAGCCGAGGACCCUGACCUCCGACCCCGGCUGGAGUACUACAUCAUCUCGGUGGAGGCGCGCGACGACGCCAACAAGCCCGUCAGGGGCCUGCAGGACUCGUUUGGCAUCGAGUUCCACACGGGCUCCGUGUUUGUGCGUAACCCUCUGAACAGGGAGCUCGUUGCCACCUUCGACAUCAUUGUUUCUGUCCAUGACAAUGCCAGUGACGUCAUUGACCAGUCGGUCAGUGUGCCCAAUGCCAGGCUGACGGUCAACGUGCUCGACGUCAAUGACAAUGCUCCACGCUUUCGGCCCUUUGGCGUGGCAAACUUCUCCGAGAAGAUUCUAGAAGGGGCGCAACCAGGCACCACGCUGCUGUCCGUGUCGGCUGUGGACCCCGAUAAAGGCCCCAACGGGCAGGUGAUCUACCAGCUGCUGCACUUGCCCCGUGGGGACUACCUGAGGCUGGAGGACCCCUCCACAGGGAAGAUUGUGGCCAACCGGACGGUGGACUAUGAACAGGUGCAGUGGCUGAACUUCACCGUUCGCGCACAGGACCAUGGGAGCCCGCCCCGCUCUGCCGAGCUGCCGGUCUACCUGCGCAUUGUGGACGUCAACGACAACAACCCCGUUUUCUCACAGCCCUCUUAUCAGAAACCUGUGUUUGAGGAUGUAGCUCUAGGCACCAUCAUUGUGAGUGUGAGUGCCACGGAUGCCGAUUCCGGCCUCUUCUCGGUCAUCGAGUACAGCCUGGUAGACGGGGAGGGCAAGUUUGGCAUCACUCCCACCACGGGUGACAUCUACAUUCUCUCUCCGCUGGACAGAGAGACUAAAGACCACUACACCCUAACUGCUGUUGCCCGUGACAAUCCGGGAGGGAUUCCAAACCACCGCAGGGAAAACUCAGUUCAGGUUCUAGUGACUGUUCUGGAUGUAAAUGACUUCCGUCCACGGUUCUCUGAGCGGGUCUUCAGCACCAGUGUGUUUGAGAACGAGCCCAGCGGAACCUCUGUCAUCACUCUCUCCGCUACCGACCUGGACGAGGGAGAGAACGCCAUCCUCACAUACAGUAUGCAAGGGCCUGGAGCAGACGCCUUCUCUCUGGACCCUGACAGUGGCCUGGUGCGCUCUCUGCGUCUGCUCCAGUCCUUUGAGCGCUUCAACCUGACGGUGGUGGCCACGGACCACGGCAGACCUCCACUCUGGGGCACGGCCAUCCUCCACAUCACUGUCAUCGACGUCAACGACAACAGGCCCGUAUUCGUCCGCCCCGCUAAUGGCACCAUCAUGCACAUCCAGGAGGAGCAGCCCCCAGGUCUGGUGGUGUAUGAGGUGUUUGCGACUGACGAAGAUGAGGGGGUGAACGGGGAGGUGCGCUACUCUUUCCUGCAGACGGGCGCUGGCAACCGGGACUGGGAGAACUUCCACAUCGACCCCAUCACGGGAGUCAUCACCACGGCCGUCAAACUGGACCGAGAGAAACAAGCGCUGCACAGCCUGAUCAUAGUGGCUUAUGACCUGGGCCAGCCUGUGCCAUAUGAGACCACUCAGCCACUCCAGGUGGCCCUGACCGACAUAGACGACAACGAGCCCGUCUUCCUCAAGCCACCGAGGGGCAGUCUGCCCUACCAGGUCCUCUCUGUUCCAGAACACUCCUCAACAGGCACAGUGGUGGGGAACGUGACCGGUGCAGUGGACGCUGACGAGGGCUCCAACGCUGUCGUCUACUACUUCAUCGCUGGGGGAGACACUGAGGGCAACUUUGGACUGAGCCCAGCAGGUGUGCUGCGAGUCAGAAGGGAUCUUGAUCGCGAGGAUAUUCCGGUUUAUUCCAUCAUCAUCAAGGCCUCCAGUAACCGCAACUGGACGCCCCCUCGAGGUCAAAGGUCACAUCGUACUCGCGUUCUUGACCCGGGUCAGGACCCCACUCUCCAAGAGGUCCGCAUCUACCUAGAGGACAUCAACGACCAGGCGCCGCGCUUCACUAAGAUAGAAUACACAGCAGGAGUGGCAGCUGAUGCUAAGGUGGGCUCAGAUCUGAUCCGUGUGCAGGCGCUGGAUAAUGACAUUGGGAACAACAGCAUAGUGCUCUACCAUAUCCUGUCCAUCACCUACAUCAAGUUACAGUCCAACACUUCUGAGGAGAUGGGCAACGUCUUCAUCAUCGGUGAAACAGAUGGGGUGAUCCGUACGUUUGACCUGUUCACGGCGUAUGCCCCCGGGUACUUUGUGGUGGAAGUGUUGGCCCGAGACCUGGCGGGGCACAGCGACAUCACCAACGUGGGCAUCUACAUCCUGCGGGAUGACCAGCGCGUGAAAUUAGUCAUCAACGAGAUCCCAGAGCGCGUGCGCCUGUUCCAGGAGGAGUUUGUCAAUCUCCUGUCCAACAUCACGGGAGCCAUCGUCAACACAGAUGAUGUGCAGUUCCAUGUGGAUAAGAAGGGGCGUGUGAACUUCGCUCAGACAGACGUGCUGAUCCACGUGGUCAACAAGCAGACCAAUCGCAUUCUGGAUGUGGAGAGAGUGAUCCAGAUGAUUGAUGAGAAUAAGGAGCAGUUGAGAAACCUGUUCAGGAACUACAACAUCCUUGACGUCCAACCGGCAGUGACUGGCAGGGCCCCAGAUGACCUCACAACUCUGCAGAUGGCCAUUAUUAUUCUGGCAGUGCUGCUCUUCCUCGCCGCUAUGCUCUUCAUCUUCAUGAACUGGUACUACCGUACAGUGCACAAGCGGAAGCUGAAAGCCAUAGUAGCUGGCUCCACAGGGAACCAGGGGCUCGUGGACAUCCUGGACAUGCCCAACACCAACAAGUACUCCUUUGAGGGGGCAAACCCAGUGUGGCUGGAUCCGUUCUGCAGGAACCUGGAGCUGGCAGCGCAGGCGGAACAUGAGGACGACCUGCCCGAGGACCUGAGUGACAUCACUGACCUUUGGAACAGCCCUGCUCGCACUCAUGGCACCUUUGGGCGAGAGCCGCAGGCCUCAAAGCCAGAAGAUGACCGCUACCUGCGGGCAGCCAUUCAGGAGUACGACAACAUCGCCAAACUGGGCCAGAUUAUGAGAGAAGGGCCUAUUAAGGGUUCCCUCCUCAAGGUGGUUCUGGACGACUACCUGAGGCUCAAAAAGCUGUUUGCCGCACGACUGGUAACCAAGUCGACCAGCCAAGGCGACCACUCGUCCGUCACCGAGCUGAUCCAGAGUGACCUGGAUGAGGACGAUGACGAGCGGCUGGGUGGCGGCGUACGCGGCGGCACGCUGCGCUUCAAGCACAAGCACCCGGUGGAGCUGCGCGGGCCCGAGGGCGUGCACGUGGUGCACGGCAGCACGGGCACGCUCCUGACCUCCGACCUCAACAGCCUGCCCGAGGACGACCAGCGGGCGCUGGCCCGCUCGCUGGAGGCGCUCAACGGCGAUGGCGGCCUGUACGCCGAGCGCAACGCGCGCACCGAGUCGGCCAAGUCCACGCCGCUGCACCGGCACAAGGACGGCCACGGCCACGGGCUAGCCGAGAGCCCGCUGGAGGUGACGGAGUUAUGACUAGCCGAGGCCUCGCUGGUCUGAGCUGAGCAGAGCAGAGCCCGCCUGUGCAGCCCUCCACUCUCCAGCAGCCACACCCUGCCUGCUCAACCUGCCCAUGGCCUGCCCUGAGGGCAUCGGGGACCAGGGCUGGGAUGGACUGGGGGCAACAGCAGUGGAUGACUGUAGUCCGUGGAGGGCAUUAAACGUGUGGAAAUGUGUUGUCUGGGGCAACAAAAAAAAACAAAGCCAAAUUUUAAAAGAAGAAUUGGAGCACUGACAUCUUAUGGACAUCUUUGCUCUCACCCAGGUCAACAGAGAUGAGAGUGUCAGUAACCAUGGCUCAAUAGGAAUGACCUGUUCUUGAUGAGGCAUGAGAGAACAAAGUGUUCUCUUAGAGAAAAUAGGGUUUUUUCUGUCAUUUUGGCUUAGUAUCUCGGAUUGCAUACAUCCACACACGCACAGGAAGGGAAGAACUAUCAUUUUAAAAACAGAGCUCUCUCAGACCAGCGAACGGCCAUUGAUAGAAGUUAAAAAAAAAAAAAUACAAUGUGAACUGUAGUGUUUUGUAUGUGAACUGGGGUAAAAAAAGAGACAACAGGAAAACUCAACUAUCCAAGUGGAUAAUGAGUUAAAGUAGGAAGCUAACCGUUGGAGGUUCCCUUCAGGAAAACGGAAAAAAGGAUCUUCCUGAACAACAAAAGAAUAAUAAAAAAUAAUAAUCAACCAGCCUCCACAACAUAAAAAAGGACUUCCUCUCAAGCCUCCCUCUUGUCGGGAAGCAUUCAGGAGGCGAGACACUUCUUAAGCACAAAAAGGAUCAUGUGAAGAAUCUUCACAUCUUCAUCAAGGCAUGGACCUUGGACCUACGGAGGACUUUAACGUACAGACAGACCACCCACUGUUUGACACCACAUCAAUCUAGACCUGUUGUUGCAUCGGAGCAAAAGAACCUAAACUCUCUUGGACAAUGUGCUCCUCGGCGUCAGAGUGGCAAUGCAGAAGGACAGUGUGUUCUAGCGAAACACAGUUCAGCUGCUCAGAAGCACGGCAGUUUUAAUCGAGAGAAAAGGGACUAGAUGCGGUGGUCGGAUUGUGUGUUGUCUGUACUUCCUUGGACCCACCUUUUGCCUCUACAGUGGGUGACUUGCGGCGACAUGGGUCUGGCCUUGAUCAGACACACCUGUUUUGGAGUCAGCAGCUAUAUAGAUGUGUUUAUAUAAAAAAAAGAUAAAGGAACCGAAAAAAAAAGAAAAGAUUAUGUUAAAAAGCUUCGGUCCCAGCACUGUGGACAGAUCAAAUCCCCACUCGACUGACUUUACACUGCCACGUCAGAUGAGAAAAAGAGAACAUUGUUUUUUAUUUUUAUUUUCAAAUUUUAAUACAGUGAAAAGAGAGAAAAAGACAACAAAAAUUGAUAUUUUUGAAGAAAAAAUAGCUGACUUACCAAAAUGAGUUGAGUGAAACUGGAUGUCAUCAGUCAGUGCAUUUUUCUUCUUUUUUCUUGUAAUGGUUCUCUCUGUAUCUCAGCUGGGUUGAAUUGCCAGGUCUGUUGUGUUAAGUCUUAUUUUUAUAUUCUUGUUUUUUGUAAGUCUUAUGUUUUUGUCAUUGAAUGUCUGUUGUCACCAGCUUGGGGGAUAAAUGUUGUUGGACGAUCUGUGAUAAAUAAACCUAAUUAUGCAACGGUUA